AGUGAGGGCGGGUGUUGCUUUUCUUCCUUGUAAUUGGCCGCUAGUGUCCGUCACUCUCCUGACGUCGGCACCCGACUUAGCGAUUGGUUCCGCCCAGGCGCGAAAUGUAACGCGGGAAACUCUCAGGUUCGGUGGUGGCAGGGCUUGCGGCUGCUGGUUAUAGUGGGAAGCCGCAUUUGGAAAGAGACUGUAAACACGCUGGGAGCCGGAACAUCGGCCACUGUCCCUGCGAUUACCGCAGAUAAGGUUUCCUCCCGCUUUCCUGCAAUGCAAGCUUGAGGCGUCUCCGCUGGACACCUGGAAGUACCAGAAGUGGCAGCCGCGGCUCAAGUUCUCCCAGGGGCGAGUUCUUCUUCUUCUGGCGCAGGAUGUCGGAGCUGCCGGGUCUCCCUCCGCCCGUGAUCUUGUGCGCCGGGGGCUCCCCGAAGCGGGUCCUGGUCUCCGUCAUCAAAACCACCCCCGUGAAGCCGCCCUGUGGAGGCAACGAGGAGCCCACCCGCGCCCCGCCGCCCGUCCCUACCAGUCCCGGCUUCAGCGACUUCAUGGUUUAUCCCUGGCGUUGGGGGGAGAAUGCGCACAACGUCACUCUCAGUCCUCCUCCCGCUGCGGCUCAGUUUCUCCGCGACGGGGGUGGAGGAGAGGGGCAAGGCAGGGGCCCCCGAAGCGCGGCUGGGCGCUCGGGCGGAGAGGACGAGGAGGCGGGCAGUCCAGACAGCGGCAUCGGGAGCAGCGGGCAUUUGAGGGAUGGAAUUAGACGAGGUCGGCCAAGAGCAGAUACCGUCCGAGAUCUGAUAAGUGAGGGAGAGCAUUCUUCUAGCAGGAUUCGCUGUAAUGUAUGCAACAGGGUAUUUCCACGAGAGAAGUCUUUACAAGCACACAAAAGAACUCACACUGGUGAAAGGCCUUAUUUGUGUGACUAUCCAGAGUGUGGGAAAGCCUUUGUCCAAAGCGGGCAACUUAAAACACACCAACGUCUCCAUACAGGAGAGAAACCUUUUGUCUGCUCAGAAAAUGGAUGUGUAAGCAGAUUCACACAUGCAAACCGUCAUUGUACCAAGCAUCCCUAUGCAAGACUGAGGAGAGAAGAGCCUACAGACAGACUGAAUAAAAAGCAAACAGCAGACAACAAAGCUGUUGCUGAAUGGCUGGCAAAGUAUUGGGAGAUGAGAGAACAGCGCACUCCUACGUUGAAAAGCAAAACUACUCAUAAGCCUGACCAGGAGCAGCAAGAUCCCAUGGAAUAUCUUCAGUCUGAUGAAGAUGAUGAGGAGGAAAAGAAUAUCACCCAUUCAGCCGCCUGUAGCCGCCUUCAGGAACAGCGUGAGCGCUUGCAUGGGGCCAUGGCACUAAUUGAGCUUGCAAAUUUGGCUGGAGCCCCACUGCGACAGUAGUAGAACUGGACCUGCUGAUAAACAAAAUGCACUGCAUUUUGGUACUUAAACCAGUUAGCUCCUGGGCAUAAGCUAAGCACCUUAUUUGCUUCAUAGGCUGCUAUUUUGUAGAAUUUAUGAAGAAUGUUGUUGCCCCAGCUAAUGGGGUAAGAGAAUUGCACUUUUUUGUAUGGUAAAGUCAGAUGUAAAGCUUUUUAAGUAUUUUGUAAAUAGACUGCAUAAUGCAGGAAUUGUCAUGUUUUGGAAAACUAGAUUUGCAAGGUUAGGGCUGUGCUUUUAAUCACAAUUAUGUGGAAGUAAGUCACUGGGUAAUCAGUGGAAUUUGCCUCUGUGUAAAAGUGUUUAAAAUCAGAACACCAGUCAUUCUUUGAUGCAGUUCUCACAGGAAGCACUUUCUGAACUCAUCUCUUUAGAAUAAUGGUACGUGUGUUGAAAGAUAAUAUAUAUAUAUUUUAAUAAAAUGGAUGCAAACAGUAAUGCAUCUGUGCUUUUCAAAUAUCAAUAUUUUAUUGACCUUUCAAUAUCACUAAAAGAAUGCUAGAAUAGCCAUCUUAAUCUUGUAGUAGAGUGGAAGAGUCAGGUGAUGUGGUUUCAGGAUCUUCACUGUGACUGCUGACACUGAGACUGACUACGGUGUUCUGGGCAGAGAUCUCGGCAGCCUCUUGGUUGAAUAGCACUUGUUGUUCCUAACAAAAUGUUGGGAAUGUUUGCACACUGUUGGACUUGCCUAUAACUGAGUGAUCAGUCUUGCAAAUUCUAGGCAUGAUGGUAACAUCAUAUUGGUUCUGAAUUCUUUCAGAUUUUGGAACCCUGUAACAAUGGCAUUGUGUUCUGUUAAUAUUCGCUGAGUAGUAUUUUAUAAGAGUCUCAUUAGCAAACACUAAAGUACUGCUUCAAAGGAUUUUCUUGCAUAACGCCACCUUAUUACUUUGUUUGGCACUUAUGUGCCAGAUUUGUGUUCACUAACUCAUUCAGUUAUUGGUAGAAAUAAAAACAUAUUCACUUCUAUGUGUAAGAAAAUAGGCUUCAAGCACCAGUUAUAAAUGUGAGAUGUAUGGCUUAGCAUUCUUCCCCCAGGUGAAGAUGGAAUACCACUCAGUGCUCUUGAGCACUAGAAAGGAAAAUAAAGUUUUAACAGAACACUUUAUUGUUCUUGGUGGUUAGAAGUAACUUAUAAUACGCCAGGCUUGUGCCUUAAUAGUUGUGUGUCUCAGCAGAAUGACUAGAGGUGCAUUAUAGAUUGAGAUAAUUGAAUAUUCACUAUUUUUAGGCAGAGUAAAAAGGCUCCUGGCAUAUGAACUAUCUGGUCCUUUCCAGAUAUACUCUUUCUGUUGUUCAGACUGGUCCAGAACUUGGAAUUCUUCUGGAUCAAAAGAAACAUCUCCCUAUACAAGUUCAAUAUUAUAAAUUGGCAAAAUGAAUAUACUGUUACUUCCUGGAUUAUUGUCUUCGAUUAUACCUGUAUCCUUAGAAUUAUGUGUUUAAUACUGGCAAAUGUCUAGAAAGAGGGAAGGUAGAAUAUUUUUAUUAUCUGAAUUUUAAGAGUUGUUGCUUGCCUUUUCAACUUGAUUUAAGUUUGACACCUCUGCAUCUUUAAAACAAAGCACUUCAACUUGGACCUUUUGGCUACAUAAAAAUUGAUAUGCUAUCCUUGGAAAAUAAAACUAGACUGUCAAAUACCAACUUUGAUGUUUUUCCUGAAGCUGAUUCUGCAGAAACGUUUGCAGUUCAUGGAAUCCAGGAAAUAGCUUUGUAAAAGUAAGCUUAGACUGUGUCACCCAGUUAUGAAAACAGAGCCUUAUUCUUCAUUAGUGCACACAAACUCCUCCCCCUUAUCAAUCUGUAAGACUUACACUGAAUGCAAAUUACAAAAACUUACCUUAAACACAUUUUGCCUAGUUGUAGGCAAGUCAUGCUGCUUUAUCAAUUAUGUAUAAAAUACAUCUUUGGAAAAAACUCCAAGCAAAAUAAGUUAGACUUGUGAUAAAAGUUUGCUUUUAAAAGUGGUGGUUCAAGAAUUCUAUGCUUCAUAUGAUUAAGCUGUAGUUUUGGCUUCAGUUAAAAUGCUGUAAUUGUAAUAAGCUUUGAAUAAAAAGUUUGGCUGAAUUUUAA